AUGUUCGGGAUUCAAAUUGGAGAUACAGGGCCUCCAAUAAUAUCUCGGAGGCUUACACUACUAAAAUUUGGUUUCGUCUCAUGUAUUCCUCAACUCACGACAACUCAUUGCUGCAGCUGA